UGGAAAGUGAGGUACAGCAGUCCUAAAACAGCCCUCAUUCAGCUCAUGAAGAAUGGAGGCUUUCAGGAUCAUGACAGUUGUCCAAACUGUUGCUUUUAUACAAGGAUAUGACAAAAUCAUCUCUACUGAGCAUCCAAAGGUCAAGGUCAAUAUGAAAUUUGUGUCACAAGCAGAUCGGCAUUCUGGGUCAUGCUCCUGGACCCUCAGCACCUCUAGAAACAACACAUCUGUUAUAGCCGUGGAGGACAUAAACAGUCUCUCUUCUCAGAUCUGUCUGUCCCUGGGAUGUGAUGAUGUGUAUAAAUUAAAGGCAUUUGAUGCAGAAUUCAACAGUACCUGUCUCACAGGCUGCCUUUACCACGACUCGGAGCUAAACAACUGCACUCAGACUGUGAGAAGCCACUGCAAAAUGCUCUCUGAGGUUAUUUGUGGCAAUGCUGCCGUCCGAUUGGUUGGGGGCGGUCAUCGCUGUGGGGGCCGUGUGGAGGUGUGGCGGGGGUCCUGGGGCACAGUGUGUGAUGAUAAAUGGGAUGUGGAGGAUGCAAAUGUGGUGUGUUCACAGCUUGGUUGUGGGUACGCUGUGUCUGUCAGUGGUCAAGGUGAGCCGUACGGCCAGGGUACAGGCCCCAUACACCUGGAUGAACUUAACUGCACUGGAAUAGAGAGAAGCUUAUGGGAAUGCCCAGCACUUACACAAGGACAUGACUGUGGUCAUAAGGAGGACGCAGGUGUGGUUUGCUCAGAAUACAAGGCUCUGCGACUGACAGGCGGUCUGGAUCGAUGUGCUGGGAGAGUGGAAAUCCAUCGCAAUGGAAGAUGGGGAACAGUGUGUGACACGUGCUGGCAUAAGGAAGAAGCUACAAUGGCCUGUGAUAUGCUGAAUUGUGGAAUGGUCAAACAUUUCACAGCCUUUGACCCCCCCCUUAAACAUAAAAACGAAUCACUCUGGUAUUUUAUCUGUAACCAGAAUAGCAAAAACCUAUGGGAGUGUCCUGACUAUAUUGACAAUGAAUAUUUAUGUAAGGAAACAAAUGCAGCUGGGUUGAUUUGCAACAAUUCUCUUGGUCUCUCUGUUCCCACCAGUCAAAUACCAACCUCAGCACCAGCAACCAUAGAGAUAACGAAAAAGGACAAUUCGCAUAGAUUCUUACCAUCUCCAGAGUUACUGGGGUGUUUUGUUCUGGGAUUCUUUCUUGUGAUUGCAGUUAUCACAAAUAUCCUCUUGUGUCAUCAUGAUAAAAAGAAGAAAGCUGUUGUGGUCCAAAAGAGAUACAUGAACCUGCAGGCCACAGCUGAAGCCGAGGAAAAUAACUACAGAGAUUCUAUCCAUCUUGUCAACUUUACAAACAAUAUCAGUGAUCCUGAGGUUCCUGUGUUUCCUCAGCAUAUCUGGCCUCAGAGUAGCGUUGAGAGUGAUACGGACUAUGAGCAACAUGACAUCAGUCUGGAAGCGGCUUUUCCUUUUUCCACCUUUCACAACUCAAUGCGGUACAGUGCAGAUGGUAAAACGCCUGCUGCAAAUUCCUCAAACUUAAACAGUGUGAUGGAGGAGGCUGUCCCGGCAGAGGUUUCAGUGAAAGGAUACCAACAAAUCUGUGACACUUCCUCUAAUCAUGGUGCACACCAGAUGCGUGAGUCUGCUACAAGUGUUGACUCUUUUAAGUCAUCCUGCACAUCAUCUGGAGAAUGCUAUGAGAACACAGGCACAAACGCACAGGAAUUCUGCUCACUUGAGUCUGCUGAAUUUUAUGAAAAUACUGGGGAAAACAGAGACAGUCUACAAACUGCAGAUUUACCGAAGCAGGAAUCCGGAAAGUCUUUGCUGGGCCACACCAUGGAUCCUCCCUUCAAUUACCAAGAUAAAGGGGGCAGCGGCAGAGAGGACUCCCCGUUGUACUCACCCAUCACCUAUAAUAAUGAGUCCAUCUCUCCUGAAAGCGACUAUGAUGACAUUGGCAACUAUAUACAACAACCUAACUACUUAAAUUAGCUGGAGAUUGUGAUAUUGUGGCCACAUUAGUACAGUACCAUUAGACACCAUAUCUGAGAACUAUUUUAUGCCAUUAUUCUUUCAGACCUUUCCAUGUUUUUAAUGUUAUUUCUUUGUACAUUCAUGUCUGCUUCUACAUAGUAUAAUCAAAAGGUAUGCUAAAUAUUUCAUCAAGUUUUGAUAUCACUGCAGAUAUAUUGACGGCAUACCAGUGUAAAAAGUAAAUUUACAUAUAGCCUAAGUGCUUUUACUCCAAAUGCAAAUAUAACCACAAUCACUGAGGGGGACAUGAUCCCCCUAAUAAUGAGAUAUGACCAUUUCAAGCAAGAUGCUCUAAAGAUUAUAGAAGCAUUAUCUGAGACUUAAGCUGGUAUCCGUAACUGAAAGCACCCUGCCAGUGCUUGCUGUAUUGAUGGCUGCAGCAGACUACAUUAAAAUUUUAAAUACACACAAAAAAAUGUUUCACUUACUACUGUCACGGUGCAGGUGCAGGCAGAAAGACAGGCUGAGUCAAAAAGGCUUCAAUACAAAAGGUUUACUAA